AUGCUCAGGACCUUCGCUUCCUCUAUAAUCCUUGGUAUUAUAUCGGCGUCGCUUUCCAGUGCGACCAUCACGACUCUCAGCCUUGACCCUAUCCAGGGCAGGACGGGAGCCUACAUGCAUGGAGCACCUGGAGCAGGGCGUUUACGCGCUAUGCUCAUGAAGGGCCAUACCACCACAAUCCCGGCGACUAACCUUGCUUACGUGCAAUACACAGCCUCCAUCGGUGUCGGUUCUCCCCCCACGUACUACAGCCUUGUUAUUGACACUGGUAGCUCGAAUACGUUUGUCGGGAGUGGCAAGCAGUACGUCCGCACAUCAACAAGUAUUCCCACUGGGCAGGAAGUGGCGGUUUCCUAUGGCUCGGGUUCUUUCUCUGGCAAUGAGUAUCUCGAUCAGGUCACUAUCUCUCCCGGACUUGUGAUCUCCAACCAGUCGAUUGGCGACGCUUUAGAAAAUUCCGGCUUCAAAGGUGUCGAUGGCAUCAUCGGCUUUGGGCCUACCAACCUCACGCUCGGUACGCUCUACCUAGACACCAAUGCGACAAUCCCUACUGUGAUGGACAACUCGUAUUCCCAGGCACUUAUCGCGACUGAAGUGCUUGGAGUUCGUUUUGCUCCAGCGAGCACGGACAGCGAUAAAAAUGGGGCGAUCACACUAGGUGGCGUCGAUACGAACUAUUAUAUUGGCGAAAUUACAUACACAUCUGUAACGACUACUGCCCCAUCGAACUCUUAUUGGGGGGUGGAUGUCACCGGUGCAACUUAUGGCAACACGACGAUCAUUCCUGGUUCAUAUGCAGGAAUUGUUGAUACUGGUACCACGCGCAAGUGUUUUCUUAUUCAAGUUACAGACAUAUACGCUGACAUAGGACGUCUUACAGUGAUCUACAUUGCUAACGAUUGGUACUCGACGUACGAGAACUCGAUUCCGGGGGCGUAUUACGAUCUUAACAACACAGGCUUGAUUGUAAUUCCCGAGUCAUCUGCUGAGAACCUGCAGCCAUUCAAUUUAGAGAUCGGAAACGCAACAUUCACACUUUCCCCCAAGGCACAGCUUCUCCCAAAGAGCCAAAACGAGGCAUGGGGUGGAGACUCGGGCCUCCAGUACGGCUAUAUUGGUCCUAUCGGCACACCUAGUGGCUCGGGAUUAGACUUCAUACUUGGACAGAAGUUCAUGGAGCAGUUCUACGCAGUCUUCGACACCACGAACAACCGAGUCGGGUUCGCAUACACGGACCACACGUACUAA